AUGUCAUCACCAAUAGGUUUUACACAACGUAUAUCAAGUAUGAUAAAGUUAAAUUGGCUUUUAAUCUUAGCAGCUCUUCUUUUCGUUUGUUGUUCGUCUAUUAAUUCAAAAUCAAUCGAUGUUGAUCAAUCAUCAGAGCAUCAAAUGAUUGAUAGUUUUUAUCCAAAUAGCUUAUUCGUUGAAGACUCAGAUAUGGUCGAACGAGCAGCACCACGUCUUGGUCGUGCUUCACCCCGACUUGGUCGUGCAUCACCUCGACUUGGCCGUGCUUCACCACGUCUUGGACGAAAUGCUGCUGCUUCAUUACAUUCACGAUUAAGUCAUGCCGGUCGAUAUUAUAAUGGAGAUGAAGAUACAACAAAUGAUAAUCAAUAUGAUAUCGAAUCCAUCAUGCAAGAACGACGAGCUGCACCAAGACUUGGUCGUGCUGUUUAA